AUGAAUCAGGAACACCAUAAUAUGAAUACGGGUGGUGGCCAGCCUCCGGGAAGUUCGGAGUCACAGGGCCAAAGAGUUCAAGCCACACAGCAACAACAGCAGAAUAACUUGCCAGCCACGACAUCUGCUACUGAUUUGAGAGUGAAUUCUGCCGCAGUGAACGUCGCUUUGUCUAGUGUCGCAAAAUAUUGGGUGUUUACAAAUUUAUUCCCCGGGCCGAUACCCCAAGUGUCUGUGUAUGGAUUGCCUGCCGGUGCCCGGAUAGAAAACGGAAAACCUGUACAGGAUCUUGGGCAAGCCCAUGCCAGUAUACUGAACGGGGAUCCAAAUAUUAUACUUGGGCAUCAUGCAGGCCAGUCUCAGGUCACAGUGUCAGCUCCGGGAGGGCAACAGAUACCCGUCUCACAAAUCAUUGCCACACAGUCUGGGCAAACACAUGAAGCUCUUGUGGCCCAUAACCAGCAGCAGGCUGAGUUGGCAGCUGCCCAGGCACAGGCCCAAGCGCAAGCCUCCAACAGCAAUGCGCAGGUGUCUGUUAGUGCAGGGCAGGCCACUCACCAGCAGGUACCCAAUAACCGGGUCGAAUUUGUUCAACACCAUAACAUUGAUAUGGUAAAUCACGUGGGUCAUCAUUCACAACAACACAUAAUGCAACAGCAGCUCAUGGCCACAGCGCGACCAGAACACAGUAAUCAACAGAUUCAACUAACGGUGAGCGAAGAUGGUAUAGUGACAGUGGUGGAGCCGGCAGGCACUAAAAUGGUUGAUAAAGAGGAAUUGCAUGAGGCAAUCAAGAUGCCCAAUGACCAUACACUUACUGUACAUCAGUUACAGCAAAUUGUAGGACAACAGGUAAUUGACAGCGUAGUACGCAUAGAACAAGCGACGGGCGAGCCAGCGAAUAUCCUGGUGACCCACAACCCUGACGGCACGACCUCAAUAGAAGCCAGUGCCGCUGACCCACUCAUCGUCAAAGACGAGAAGAGUGCCAACAAAAUAGACCCAACGCAAUUCGCUAUUCCAACAGACAUAAAAGACAUAAAGGGAAUAGAUUUAAAGAAUGUAGGAACAAUGGGUAUGGAAGGAGCAGUUGUGAAGAUAUCUGCUGGCGCAGCAGAACACGACCUGCACGCCAUGUACAAAGUUAAUGUAGAGGAUCUCUCACAACUACUUGCCUACCAUGAAGUUUUCGGCAAACUUAAUUCAGAAGGCCAACAGCAACAACAACAAGCUAAGGUGAUCAGUGAAGUUGAAGUGGAAGUGGAGGCAGGCACCAGUGCUGCUAUGUCAGAAGCGGAAUCCUCACCAGGACACCACUCAUGUGAUAUCUGUGGAAAAAUAUUCCAGUUCCGAUACCAACUCAUUGUCCAUAGGCGUUAUCACGGUGAAAGUAAGCCAUUCACGUGUCAAGUUUGCGGUUCAGCGUUUGCAAAUCCAGUGGAAUUAUCAAGACAUGGAAAAUGCCAUCUAGCUGGAGAUCCUAACGAAAGACACGCCAAAAGAAUGGCGCAGGAUAAGCCCUAUGCUUGCACGACUUGCCACAAAACAUUCUCUCGGAAAGAACAUCUAGACAACCAUGUUCGGAGUCAUACUGGAGAAACUCCUUACAGAUGUGAAUUCUGCGCGAAAACUUUCACCCGCAAAGAGCACAUGGUCAACCACGUUCGGAAACAUACGGGCGAAACUCCGCAUCGAUGUGAUAUUUGCAAGAAGAGUUUCACCAGGAAAGAACACUUUAUGAACCACGUUAUGUGGCACACAGGUGAAACGCCGCACCAUUGUACAAUAUGCGGCAAGAAGUAUACUAGGAAGGAGCAUUUAAUGAACCAUAUGCGAUCUCACACAAACGAUACUCCGUUCCGAUGCGAACUGUGCGGCAAGUCGUUCACGAGAAAGGAACACUUCACCAAUCACAUAUUGUGGCAUACGGGAGAGACGCCGCAUCGCUGCGACUUCUGUUCAAAGACAUUUACUCGUAAAGAGCACUUGUUGAACCAUGUUCGCCAACACACGGGCGAGUCGCCUCACCGAUGCAACUUCUGUAGCAAGUCCUUCACUCGCCGAGAACAUCUUGUAAACCACGUACGACAACAUACCGGAGAAACGCCCUUCCAGUGUGGAUACUGCCCUAAAGCAUUCACAAGAAAAGAUCACCUCGUGAACCAUGUACGUCAGCACACUGGUGAAUCCCCACACAAGUGCUCGUUCUGCACGAAGUCGUUCACCCGCAAGGAACACCUCACGAACCACGUCAGGCAGCACACGGGCGAGUCCCCACACCGCUGUUCGUACUGCGCCAAGUCAUUCACGAGGAAGGAGCAUCUUACCAACCACGUCAGACAGCACACGGGAGAAACGCCACACAAGUGUACGUACUGCCCGCGGGCCUUCGCGCGCAAGGAACAUCUCAACAACCACAUUCGGCAACACACCGGCGUCACGCCGCACGCCUGCUCCUACUGCAGCAAGAGCUUCACCAGGAAAGAACACCUCGUUAACCAUAUCCGGCAACACACGGGCGAGACUCCGUUCAAGUGUACGUACUGUUCAAAGUCGUUCUCUCGUAAGGAGCACCUCACGAACCACGUGAACCUUCACACAGGAGAGACGCCGCACAAAUGUCCAUUCUGCACAAAAACAUAUUCCAGGAAAGAACACCUGACCAACCAUGUGAGAAUUCACACCGGGGAGUCUCCGCAUCGCUGCGACUUUUGCCAAAAGACGUUUACGCGCAAAGAGCACCUAACUAACCACUUAAAACAGCACACUGGUGACUCUUCUCACUCCUGCAAGGUCUGCUCCAAGCAGUUCACUAGAAAAGAACAACUGGUUACACACAUGAGGUCCCACAGCUGUGGUGAACGUCCGUUCAGUUGCGGCGAAUGCGGCAAGUCCUUCCCAUUGAAAGGCAACUUAUUAUUCCAUGAACGGUCACAUAACAAGAACAAUGCAAAUGCUUCUAACAAACAGUACCGAUGUGAAAUCUGUUCUAAAGUCUUCCUCUGUAAAGGUCACUUAGUAUCACAUCGACUAACACAUCCGGAGUGGGUGGAGGGGUCAAAUCCCGCCGAAACAUCCACUGAAACUGAAGACUGUAAUAAAGGCAAUACAUGCAUCAAAGUGGAACCCGAAAGAACUGAAAGGAAACAUGAAGUCAGAGCUACAGUUGAAACGAGACCAGCAGAGACAAAUGUUCCACAAACUCAACCAAAUACCCCCACUGUUAUGAUCACAAAUAAUCAACAAGUUCGCGCGCCUAGCGUGGGCGCAGUGAGCGCAGUGGGCGCGACGAGCGCGGCGGGCGGCGCGGUGGCGGGCACGUACACGCACGCGGUGGCCGCCACGCACCACGCCGGGGCCGCCCUGGCGCACCACCCCGUCACCGUCAACUACUAG